AUGAACAAGACCAAGGGAGCUUUUGAUAGCCCAGAACUGUGGAGCCCAGGUUGCACGCAGAGCAGCACCUCUCUGACCAGUGUGGCACCACCCUUUGCAUUUGGACAGCAGGCUACAGACACAGCCCUGAAUGUAAUCCUUAUCGUGGUCCUCCUCAUCAACAUGAUGUCUCUGGCAAUGGAGAUAGCCAAGAUCACAACUCACCUCAGGAGACCUAAAGAUGUGGCAAUAGCCAUAAUGGCUCAGUACAGCAUCAUGCCCUUGACAGCAUUCUUAUUGGGCAAGCUCUUCCAGCUGGGCACCUCGGAAUCCCUGGCCAUCUUCAUCUGUGGCUGCUGCCCAGGGGGAAACCUCUCCAACAUCUUUAGCCUGGCACUGAGAGGGGACAUGAACCUCAGUGCUGCUAUGACCGCAUGCUCAAUGGUCCUGGCAAUUGGAUUACUGCCACUGCUUCUGUACCUUUACUCAGGAGGACUCUAUGAGGGUGAUUUGGAGGGCAAGGUACCUUACAAAGGAAUAAUCGCCUCCAUGGUGCUGAUGUUAAUCCCCUGUGCCAUUGGCAUCAUCUUGAAUGAGAAGAAACCACAGUACACUGGCUUUGUCACCAAGGCAGGGAUGGUUAUGCUUCUACUGUCAUCUGCUGCUAUAAUUGUUCUAUCUGUGGCCAACAUGGGAAGCUGUAUCAUGGUCGUCUUCUCACCAUCCCUCCUGGGAUCUUCUGCCUUAAUGCCUCUCACUGGAUUCCUGCUGGGCUAUGCUGUCUCUGCAGCCUUCAAGCUCGAUGACUGUUGCAGGCAGACGUGCAUGGAAACUGGCUGCCAGAACGCACAGCUUUGCUCAGCUAUCCUCAAGGUCGCCUUCGCCCCAGAGAUCAAGCCCCUGUACUUCUUCCCACUACUCUACUUGCUGCUCCAGCUUGGAGAGGGAUUUCUGCUCAUCCUGGUCUUUCGAACCCAUGACAGAAUAAAGCAAGCCAAUGGCAGGUACAGCUUUGCUCCUUUCUUUCUUAUGCUUUCCAAGCUAAGCCACACAUGCUUACAAUAUAACUACCAAUGAAUCACUGCUUUAAAAUGAAGUCAGAAUCCAGUCGCUCUUUAACUCGGGAUUACAUACCCAGUACAUUAAAUUUAAAUCAGAGUCAAA